GAACGAGGGCCUUUCGUCUCCUGAGCGAAGACAUAGGGAAGCAAUGGAAUAUGCUGAGGAAGACGAUGAGACAGAGGCACCAGUCAUCCAGAUCGUUGAAGCCAAGGCUGCUAUCCCUAAUAUCCCUGUGCCCCGGAGCUCUGAUGGAAACUACUGGGUCAUUCGUAUGCCCAAUUUUGUCAAGGUCGACUCGAAGCCCUUCCACCCAGACACGUAUCUUGGGCCCGAGCAGGAAGACGACGAGGUGUCGCAGGUCGAGACAAUCCGCGAAAAGAGCAUGUCGAUCAAGCUCAAGGUAGAAAACACAGUGCGGUGGCGUUGGGUCAAGGGAAAAGAUGGCCAGGACCGCAGACAAUCAAAUAGCAGGGUGGUCCGGUGGUCUGACGGCACACUCAGCUUGCAGCUCGGAAAGGAGCUCUUCGACAUCACACAAACGAUCGAUACGUCUGGCGCUGUCCCCCGUCAAGCCCUCGGCGGUUCUCAACCAACUUCACAACCCAUACCCUCCCCCUCGCAACCGCCCGCGACCGCCGGCCGCUCGCAAGGCCUCACAUAUCUUGUUGCACAGCACAAGCGCGCCGAGAUCUUACAGUGCGAGGCGGUCAUCUCGGGCUACAUGUCGCUCCGCCCGACGGGCAUGCAGUCCGAGACGCAUCGCAUGCUCGUGCGCGCAGUCGGCCAGAAGCACAACAAGGUCGCACGCCUGCGCAUGGCGCCAGACCCGACGACAGACCCGGAGCGCGAGCGGCUCGAGCUGAUGCGCCAGGCGGCGCGGAAGCCGCGGCGCCCGCGUGGCGAGGACGACGGGCUCAGUGGGCGCCGCCGGCGCACAUCGGGCUACUCGCGCAAGCGCACGGGCGACGACAUGUGGUCGGACGACGAAGAGGACGCCGUGUUUGGCGGUGGCUCGGAGGACGAGUACGGCGAAGAGGGCGCGCGCAGCGCGAAGCGACGGCGGCCGGGCGGCGAGGAGAACGCGAAGAAGGGCCCUGGGGAGUACCAGACGGACGAUUUCUUGGUCGCGGACUCCGACGAGGAAGACGGGGCCUUUGGUGAGUCGGACGAGGAGACCGGAAGGCACCGGGCCAGGCGGCGUCGCGCAGAAGAGGAGGAAGAGGGCGAGGAAGACGAUUUGGAGAAGCUAGAAGCGAAGAUUCACGAGCGAGAGGCGGAGGAACGCAAACACAGGAAAGAUUCUGGUGGGAAGGGCGUCAGCAGCGCGAAAGAUGAGUCUGGUGGGAGUGAGGAAGAUGGGGAGGCAGGUAUGGAUGUGGAAAGCGAGGAGGAAGACGAAGGCUUUGGUGUGCGCCGUCGAACCGCCUCGGGCGCACGGAAGCGGAGACCAAUUGGGGCAGAUGAAGAAGAA